UAAACAUCUUCUGGUGCCGAUAGAAAGCCAGGUUGGCAUCCCCUUACCAAACGGUUCUUAGCCCGGACGCAAACCUGUGCCUUUCGUUUCGCCCACCACUGUUACGAAAACAGCAUGGACAGACUGAAAUUCAACAACUUGGUUAUAUCCCACAAGAAGGUGAUUCAGAAGGCCCGCGCUCAGACCAUCGCCAAGCUCGUCCAGAAGCUGCGGAAGACUAAAGAUGCGCUGGCCAAAAAACCGGACAGCGACAAGGAGAAGAUUCGUCUGCGCAAAAACAGCGAGUGCCUGGCCCAGCUGAAGGCCCUGAAAUGUCUGGACCUAGUGCGCCAGUCGCUCCUCCAAGAGGGCACCAAUCCAAACACGGUGAUAGCCAGCGAGCGCUCCACUCCCGAUGAACUGGGCAUCGCCAUGCUGCGGCUGAACAAGCUGAUGCACGGAGUGGUGGACACCUUCGUGAAGGCCCUCGACCUGAGCACCGACAAGAAGGCCAAGUGGCGGGAGGAGAUCCUGGAGACGAGCAAGCGGAGGGUGAAAAUAGAACGAACUGAAGAGCGGAAGAGGAAACGCAAGGAGCUGAAGGAGCAGAAGGCUCUGACCAAGAACAGAUUGGAGUGGUUGGAGCGGAACAAAGUGGCGGAUGCAGGAGUUCCACCAACGGGAGCAGCGGAGGAAGUCAAUCAGGUUGAAAUGCCAGAUAUCUCCGAGUCGCCAGCCAAUACAGAAGAGACUCCAGCCAUAAAGAAGGAACAGAAGGAUAAGAAAGUGGCCAAAAAAGAGAAGAACCCAAAGAAAGAUAAACCUCCGGGCAAAAAGAAUGAAAAGCACAAACCAGAGAAACCUAAGCCAGUCUCCAAAAAGGAACCUCUUGGGAAAACUAAGGAAAAUAUCACUAAUCCCCUGGAGAAGCAACCACAAAAAGACGUCAAGCCGGAAGAAACCAAGACAAAGCUUGUGAAAAGAAAGCAAAUCAAGGAAAAUAAUAAUAAUCAGGAGGGCAAACAGAAAGAACCUAAGACAAAAGCUUUGGAAAGAAAGCCAGCCAGAGAACAGAAGCCUAAACCUCGACCAGAAAGGCAGCCUAGCAUUGAAGAAGAUGAACCCAAACCUGACAGCAAUCGCCCCACCCACGUGGUGGAUCCCUUUUUCAUCACGGAAUCAGGACAGCCCUACUUGUCCACCGCCGUGGUUCUCUCCGGCGACAACGACAGCGAAUCUGAGGAAGAACAGAGACCGCCGCCAGCCAAAAAGUUCCGCAACGAGGAUCGACGGACAAAUACAUAUCGUGAACGACCUGAAAGACAGGCAGAGUUCAAGGCGAAAAAGCCCACCGACGACCGUCAUCCUUCCUGGCUGGCCAAGCAGCAGCAGAAGCCAAUCAUCGGUGGUUUCAAGGGCAAGAAGAUCACAUUCGGCGACGAUGGCCAGGCGGCAGAAGUCACGACUCCCAGCAUCAAUCAUUCAAAUUCCACUGCUCCUGCUGCAUCCACCGAUGGCAUGCACCCUUCCUGGGUGGCCAAGCAGAAGUUUAAACCCAAAAUCGCCGCCUUCCAGGGCACCAAGAUUAAGUUUGACGACGAAUAAACAAGUUGAUGGUA